UAUAAAAGUUUCAUUGACAGCAGAAAUAAAAAAUAUCCAGAUACAAAGACCAGUGUGAACAUCUGUUGUGGAACUGGAUAUGUUUUAAAACAAGAAGAUCCUGUUACAAAUAAUGAUCAUUCUGAGGAAACAAAUUUAAAUGGAAGUAACAUAAAAGAAUCUAACAUAUCUCAGGGUGGCAAUAAACCUUUCAGUUAUGUAAUUGGGAAAAAACCUUAUAGUUGUUCAAUUUGUUCAAAAGAAUUUAGAACAAAUAAUACAUUAAAAAAUCAUGAAAGAAUACAUACUGGACAGAAACCUUAUUAUUGUGAAAUUUGUGGAAAAGAAUUUAAAACAAAUUGUGACUUAAAAAUGCAUCAAGAAAUUCACACUAGAGAAAAACAUUGUUGUGCAGUUUGUGGAAAACACUUUAGAAAAAAUAAUGAACUUAAAAAGCAUGAAAGCAAUACAUACUGAGGAAAAACCUUACCAUUGUGAAAUUUGUGGAAAAGACUUUAGAAUAAGCAAGUCCUUAAAAUAUCAUGAAAGAGUACAUACUGGAGAGAAACCCUUCAGUUGUGACUUUUGUGGAAAACAAUUUGGAAGUAAUUUUAGCUUAAAAAUACAUAAACAAACACAUACUGGGGAGAAACCUUACACAUGCACAGUAUGUGAUAAACAAUUUGGAACAAAUAAUGCAUUAAAAAAGCAUGAAAUAAUACAUACUGACAAGAAACCUUACUGUUGCAUAACUUGUGGAAAAUACUUUAAAACAAAUAAGGACUUACAAAUUCAUCAAGCAAAACACAGUGGGAAAAAACCUUAUUGUUGUACAGUUUGUGAAAAACAUUUUGGAACAAAUUAUGAAUUAAAACAGCAUGAAAGAACACAUACUGACAAGAAACCCUACUGUUGUGCAGUUUGUGGAAAAAACUUUAGAUUAAGGAGUUCCUUAAAAUGUCAUGAAAGAAUACAUACUGGAGAGAAACCUUACAGUUGUGACAUUUGCGGAAAAGAAUUUAGAGUUAAAUGUAGCCUAAAAACACAUAAACGGGUACAUACUGGGGAGAAACCUUACACUUGUGUAGUAUGUAAUAAACAGCUUAAAACAAAUAGUGCAUUAAGAUAUCACGAAGGAAUACAUACUGGUGUGAAACCUUACACUUGUGCAGUAUGUAAUAAACAGUUUAGAACAAAUAAAGCAUUGAGAUAUCAUAAAAUAAUGCAUACUGAGGAGAAACCUUACACUUGUGUAGUAUGUAAUAGAAAGUUUAGAACAAAUAGUGCAUUAAGAUAUCAUAAAGGAACACAUACUGGUGUGAAACCUUACACUUGUGUAGUAUGCAAUAAAGAGUUUACAGGACAUACUGCAUUUCAAUAUCAUAAAAGAAUACACACUAGGAGAAACCUUAAACGUGUAUAGUAUUUAAUAAACAGUUUAGAAUAAAUAAAGCAUUGAGAUAUUAUAAAGGAAUACAUACUGGGGAGAAACCUUACUGUUGUAUAGUUAGUAAAAUUGAUUUUGAAGUAACUCUGGUUUAGAAAGAUAUCAAAGAAACUUUGUUUUAAAAAAAAACAUCAAAGCAUACGCUUUGGAUAAAAUCCAUAUAUAUUCUUUCAGUUCUUAGAACAACUUCUGAAUGUGGUAAUUGUUGAACCACAUGAAUUAAGGUGUACUGGUCUAUCUUUGGUGUGUUUUUGAUGCCUUUAGCUGGGAAUUAUUGUGUUUGUCAUGACAAUGUGUAAACAAAGAAAAUGAAAAGAGAAAAGUUAAAUAUGAAUGGAAGUGGAUGGAGAGGACAUCCAUUGUUCCUGUAAAAGGAGGAAACUUGAUAACUGUCUAGUUUUUCUUCCUUAUUCUUUAUGUAUAUACUAUAUGAGUAAUGAUUAGAACCAGUUUCUAUAUAUAUUAAUAUUUCAACAUGUACUGAGAAUUUGGUGUUAUAUUUGAUUUCCAUGGAUUUGAUUUUGUGAACACUUCUGAAUUCUGGGACUUGAAUGAUCUAGAACUACCAAUCUCACUUUUCCUUGCUGAAGAAAGUAAUUGUACAGUUUCUUGUAAGAUGAUUCUGUCACAAACUUAAUAAAAGAAUAAACAAAAUAUUAAUAACCAUAUUUAUUAUGCCUAAAGUUUAAUAUUUAUAAAUAUUUAACCUGCAUAAGGAUCUCUUGAAUAGGAAUUUUAAAGUUUUGAUGUUUAAAGAACAUGUUAAGAGGACAAAGCAUCAACCAACCACUUGUAAAAUAAGAUACUAUUUAAAAUUAAUUGAUGAAAUUAGUGGUUGAAAGUAAAGUUUAUUGUUGUAAUACUAUACCAUCAUAUUUCCACAGUUGAAUUUUUUUAUUGUAAACCUUUCUGUUGAACAUAAUCUUAUACCUUUAUUUUAUGUUUUGAAUACUAUUUCGGUCGAGAGAUUAAAGUUUUAUAAGGUGUGAAUAUGUGCAAAUUGUCAUAAUUAUUUUGACAUUUAUGAUUUAUUGUGAUUGUAUUAGACCAUUGAAAUAAAUUUAGAAGUACAUCAAAUAAUGGACUAUUACACAAAA